CAAAUAGCAUAUCCGUUUUGUUUUUCCAGUAUUUUUUCAUCUCUUUAUUUCAAAAAAUACAAAAAGCAGACUGAAUUUACCAACAACCGACAAAGAAAAACAGAAUGAUGACCGAUGAAUUUGAUCCAUUCGAAAUAGGUAUUCAGUCAAAGAAUUUGAAUUAUGUUUGUGGAAUUUGCGAUCUCUCAUUUUGGAAGAAAUCAGAACUAGAAUCCCAUUUAAUUGUACAUAACAAUGGAAGUAAACAUUAUAGGUGUGAGGAGUGUGGUAAAGGUUUUGUACAAAGUGCUACACUAAAAAGACACAUUAGACUUCACACCGGAGAUAGGUUGUUACAGUGUAAGGUCUGUGAUAAAAUAUUCACUGUACCUUGUUAUUUGAAAAAGCAUGAAAAAACUCAAUUCAAUGAAAAACCCUACAUUUGUGAUAAAUGUGGGAAAAGUUUUGGCCAUAAGGGUGACUUGCGGCGACAUGAACGAAUUCAUUCUGGUAUUAAACCACAUAGUUGUGAUAAUUGUGGUAAAUGUUUCCAGCAGCGAAAUUCAUUGAUUAAUCAUAUGAGGACACAUACUGGCGAAAAACCACAUAAGUGUAUGACUUGUGGACAAUGUUUUACAGCUCGCCCAAAUUUAGUAAGGCACAUGGCAGUGCACAACAGUAUCAGAAGUCAUCAGUGUGAUUUAUGUGGAAAGAGUUUCGUCAGAAAAGGUGAUUUAAUUCGCCAUAUUAGAACUCACAGCGGUGAAAAACCAUUCUCAUGUAGCAUCUGUGAUAAAUCGUUUUCACAAAGUCAGGACAUGAAAGUUCAUAUGAGAAUUCACUCUGGUGAGACCCCAUUUUCUUGCUCUGUUUGUAAAAAAAGUUUUUCUUCUGUUAGUUUAGUACAUCGCCACGUAAGAGGCGUUCAUAAUGAAGAAGCAAUAUUUGAAUGUCUUAUUUGUGGAAAGAAAUAUAAAUAUAGACAAAGUCUGCUUGUUCACAGUAAAGUACAUUUUCAAGGAAUGUUAUACAAAUGUUUGGUGUGCAGUCUAGAAUUUAAACAUAAAUCUUCAUUAGAAAGACAUAAGCUAAAACACAAAGACUUACUCACUUUGACCUCAAGUUUGUAAUGAGAAUUUUUACAGUGAGGAAAAGUACUUUUUUCAUCAGAAAUCUCACAGUCAUGACAGUGAUCAUGAUAUGACAAUUUAUGAAACAGUCCAAGCAGAUGUAUAUGAACAUUUAGAAUUAGAACUGCCAAAAACAUCUAACAAAAAACAAUAAGAUCAUUAAGUGAUGGUAGAAAGGAAAAAAUUAUUAACAUGUAUUGAAAACAAAUUAUAUCAACCAGUAUUACAUUGUAUUAAAUUUUUUGUCUCACUU